AUGACAAUAUACUGCAAUGCACGAGCUGCAGAAGAUUUCUUUCGAUCUGAGCAGAAACGUAGUUGUGUUCCUUUUAAUGGUCGUUGUAAUGUAGAUUCUGAUUGUUGUGGUUCUGAUGAUCCUGAUUCUGGUCAUUGUCUUCUUUGUACUGGUGUUCUUGAUUAUUUUUUUGAGAAAAACUAUGAUGAGCAAGAAUUCAACAUUCGUCAAAUGGCAUUAGCAUAA